UUAUGCAGAAUCUCAACACCUAAUCACGUGAUAAAUUUUGAUUAUGUUUCAAUGGAUGGAUUGUUGCAAGGCCACAUAUAGGAUCGUUGAAUGUUGAUGCCAGCAGGCAGGGUCUUGUUUUGCGGGUCCUAUUUCAAUUUCUGGGCAUUAAAGUGUUGGUUCUAAUCCAAUGAUUGAAGAGGAAGAAUGUGGAGGAGGAUGAUUGCUGAGUGAUUUGGCUUAGAAAGGGAUUGCCUAACUAUACCAAGUUCAUACAAAUUCCUAGUCUACAUGACAAGCCACUAGCAUCAACCAGUGAACAAUGAGUGAGUGCGGCGACUCGACGCCGACCUCGGGGGCGACCACGCCCAACACGCGCUCCCGCAUAGAGGCGCUCCCCCGCGAACAGCUCGUGCAGAGAUGCAAAUCGCUGCUAGCCAUCGCCCACAAGGCCAAACUGGCCAAAGAUGAGGCCGCUGAGGAAGCAGCUGCGUUCCGUCAGAAGCUGCUGACAAAUGAGGCGACACUUGAAAAAGUGCAGAAUGACUUCAAACGAGUCAGCACUGAGAAUGGCGAACUCGUCAAAGAGGUGUCCCGUCUGGAGCGGGAGCUGGCAGCCGGCUCCGCCGAGCGCCUCUCACUGCGCGGUGAGCUGGACCGCCAGAGUACGCUGACAGCCGGCCUGGAGCGCGCCGGCCGCCGCCUGGAGGCGGACAACGAGGCUCUGCUGGCGCGCCUGGAGGCAGCCGACGAGGCGCGGCGCCGAGCGGAGGCUGCCGCCGCGGCCACCGAGGAGGACCUGCUGCCGUUUAAGGAGAUGGCAGACACGUUCAAGGCGCGCUGGCGCGAGGCAGUCGAAGAGCUGUCCACCGUGCGUACUCAGCUGGAGGCGGCAGAGAAGGCGGCGCAGGAGGUGCGCGCGGCUCAGGAGACGGCGCCACCGGCGGCGGAGACGGUAGAGAAGGCACGCGCUGCAGCUGAGGAGACAGCGCCACCGGCGGCGGAGAUGGCAGACUCAGCGGGCGGGGCGAAGACGGCGGCGGCUGAGACGGAGCAGCCCGGUCUGCCGCCGCAUGUCCUCUGGCAGCAGCUGCAGCAGGAGCGGGCGGACGCUGCGCAGCUGCGCGCUGACCUGCAGACCUCCUCCGACCGCUGCGCUGCGCUGCAGACCCGGCUGGACGAGCUGGACGAGCUGCGCCGCACUGACGCCGAGCGCUGCGCUGCGCUGGAGACGGCCGGACAGGCAGCCACUGAGCGAGUGGAGGCGCUGGUCGCUCGCGAGACCGAGCUGCAGGCGGCGCUGAAACAGCUGCGUGAGGAGAACGGCCGGCUGGUGAGCGAGGCCGCGGGCCACGCGGCGGCGCUGCAGCAGCUGUCGGCCGACCUGCUGCAGGUCGGCCAGGAGCGCGAGGCCGCGCUGUCUGCGGAGCGCGACACGGCCGCCUCGCGCGCCGCCGAGACGGAGCAGGCGCUGGCGGCGCUGCAGCAGGGCCGGCAGGAGCUGCAGGAGCGCAACGCUCACCUACUGGACGAGAUGAACGCCAUGAACGAGGCACUGAAGGAGCGGGGCGGCACCAUCUCGCGGCUGGAGGAGCAGCUGGCGGCCGCCGGGCGCGCUCAGACCGAGCUGGCGGAGGCGCAGCAGCGCGCCGAGCGGCUGCAGGCGGAGUCGGAGACUCAGAGCGAGACGCUGAGCACGAGCACCGCCCUGAGCCGAGCCGACGACAUGUCACGCAUGCGUGACGUCGAGGACAGCAUCGAGGAACGCUACCACAAGCUGCGCGCGCUGGCCGUGAAGCUGAAGAAGCGCGUGGCUCAACUGACUGCCCAGGCGGCCGGUGAGGCGGACCAGCGACAAAAGCUGCAGGCCGAACUGGGCCAGGCGACUGCGCAGCUGACCGCCAGCAGGAAGGAGGCGGCCGCGCUCCGGCUGCAGGCGCAGAACCUCCAGGCGCUGCAGGCCAGCUACGACUCUCUGCAGGAUGAGAUGGACUCUCUCACCGCCCGCGACAAGGAGCUGCAGCGAGAGGUGACCCGGGCCGGCGAGCAGCUCAGCCAACUCAAACAGGAACUCUGCGAGACGGCCGAGGCGCGAGACACGGCGCAGGCACAGCUCAAGACGGCGACGGAGGCGCAGACCCGUCUGGAGGGACAGCUGUCGGCGGCCGUGGCCGAGCGGACCGCCGCCGAGACGGAGCGGGCGCGACUGGAGGCCCGGCACCGGGAGGCCGACGGACGGGCCGAGCGGGAGCGGCGCGACCGUCAGCAGCUGCAGGAGCAGCUCGACCGGCUGGAGCUGGAGCGCGAGCGGCACUCGGCCGACGGCCGGCAGCUGGAGCAGCUGCAGCUGACGGCCGACCAGCUGCGCGCCGAGCUCGACACGGCAGCCGCCCAGCUGGCCGAGGCCGGACGGCAGCGGCGGCUGGCUGAGGAUGCCCAGCAGCUGGCCGAGCAGCAGCUGCAGCUGGCCAACGACGAGCUGCAGCGCGAACAGGCCCGCAACGCACAGCUCAAGGCGAACCUUCGUGAGGCUCUGAGCAGUAAGGCGGAGCUGGAGGCGCGUGAUCAGGCCCACCAGAAGGCCGCCGACGCGCUCCGCAGCGACGUGGAGACGCUCAAACAGGAGAAGGAGGCGCUGAACCUGGCGCUCUCGGAGUCGGCGCGCAGCACCACUGACCUCAGUCAGACGCAGAGCGCGCUGCAGCGGCGUGCCGAGGCGCUCGAGAGCCAGGUGGCCAGCCUGCAGACGGCGCUGGCCGCCGCCCGGGAGGACACAGAGGCGGCGCGCCGCGAGUUCGAGCAGUACAAGGUGCGCGCCAAGGCCGUGCUCAAGAAGGCACAAACGGCGCGCCGCGCAGAGGCCGAGGGCGAGGAGCGCGAGGCGCUGCGACUCAAGGAGGAGCGCAUCGAGGCGCUGCAGCGAGAGGUAGAGCAGCUGCGUCAGGAGCGGCUGGCCGGCGACGCCGAGCGGGACGCCCUCCAGGAGGAGCUGCGGCGACUCGAGGAGCGACUCCGCCGGCUGACGGAGGAGACGGGACGCGCGGAGACCGGGCUGCGGCGAGAGCUGGAGCGGACGCGCGCCGAGCUGGCCAAGACGGUGGAGCAGCGCGGUGAGACGAUCGCGGCGCUGGAGCGGCGCCUGAGCGAGUCGUCGGGCGCGGCGCAGACGGAGCGACUGCAGGCGGACGUCGCGCGGCUCUCUGCGGAGCUGGAGCGGCUGCGCGCCGAGCUAACGGAGAGACAGGAGGAGGUGGUGGCGCUGCGCCGGGCCGCAUCCGCUGCCGCCGCUGCCCCCGCUCCGGCUCCCUCCGCCGCCGCCCGGACUCACCACAAACUGGCGCCGUCACCUAUCGACGUGAGCAGUAUGGAGCGCGAGGCGGCCGAGGGAUCGGAGAACGUCACCCCUCAGCCGGCGGGCGCGCCGCGCGAGCCGGAGCUACUGCCGCUGGAGCGGCUGCUCAGCGCCGCUGACGACUCGGUGAGCAUGGUGAGCCAGGCCACCGAGCUCACCACCGCCGACCGCGACCGGCUGGUGGCCGCCGAGACGGAGCUGAAUGCCAGCCGGCUCACCGAGCAGCACCUCUCCGCGCUGCUGCAUGAGUCGGAGGCCAGCAACGCCAAACUAACGCAGCUCUGUGACGCGCUGAAGGAGGAGAUUCGCCGCGCCGAGCGAUCCGAGGAGCGACAGCAGCACCUCAACCAGAUGGAGUACCUCAAGAACGUCAUCGUCAAGUUCGUGACGCUCAAGGAGGGCGACGAGCGCACGCGGCUGCUGCCCGUGCUCACGACUAUGCUGAAGCUGAGCCCGCAGGAGGUGGCUGCUCUGACCAAGGUGGCCACGGGCGGCGACACGGCGGCGAAGGAGCAGGGCUGGGCCGGCUACCUGCACCUAUGGUCCGGCGGGCCGCAGUGAGCCGGGUGCGCCGCGGAGAAUAUGACUAUGGCGAUGAAUCGCUGCUACCUGGUGAGCCGUGUGCAAUGCGAUGAAUCCUAUUCUCCAGUGAACUUGACGGCUAAGCACGAGUGAAAGUCCACGCUGCGGGUCAGCAUGCUCAGAGGUCAGUGAGGUAAGUGACCUUUGCUGAUCGGUCAAAGGCGGCAGCUCUCGUGGUGACCGGCUACACUGUGCCGUGGUGAACCACCCUGUGUCGUCCUCCGUGUCCGGCCCAAGCCGGCGAACCAUGUGCGAUAACCCCUGUACGGGAGCCUUCACGGCACAGGAUGACGUUCGUGCCGACAACUACCGCCAAAGGUACGGAUCGAGACGAUUGGUCUUCAUCGCAAGGUGUGUUCGUCGCGGAACGUCACAGACUGAUGACUGAUGUGAUACGUCACUGCUCGGCCAUGUGACGUGUAAUAUGUGCGGGUGAUGUAGAAGAGAGAGAGAGAGAGAGAGAGAGAGAGAGAGAGAGAGAGAGAGAGAGAGAGAGAGAGAGAGAGAGAGGGAGAGGGAGAGAGAGAGAGAGAGAGAGAGAGAGAGAGAGAGAGGGAGAGAGAGGCGCUCGGCGGGCCGCCGGCGGCCGCCCUGCCUUACCAGCUGUGAUAGAGGGUUGUCCCCCGGCCGCCGACCUGUACUCUGCCGGCGGUGGAGCCGACAGAGGUCAGUGACCUCUGCUGACCGGUCACAGGCGGCACACCGGAGCUGUCAGAGGUCAGUGAUCUUAGCUGGGCGGGGAUGGAGCGGGUACAAGAUGUCAUUAUUCUCCUCCCCUCUCUGUCCGACCAGCUUGGUAUUAGCGGCACCCUUCAGUCGUCGGGGCAUUUUUUGUUACAGGAAUUUUUUGUUCUGUUACAAUAGUUACAUGAUGCCUUGAGGCUUUUGCAUUUCACCAGUGGUGUAGGAAUUUCUUCUAUCGGCCAUAGCUGUUUCCCAAAUACUUGUGUGAUAUUUUGGGGUAGCCAUGCUUGGUUAAGUUUGUUACAAUUAUUUUGCACUGCUUUGCUCACGCUAAAUUAAGUUUGUAGUCUGUUGCCCUUAAAUGGCUACGAUUUCCAGGAUGCUGUUGAUAUUGUGCCUGUGUUGUGAGUUGUGAUGGUCAAGUUGACCAAUGCUUAUUUAAUGUAUAUCAAGUAUAUUUUAAUCGCUGUAUUCUACACCACAUUUUGUGAAUCGAUACAACAU